UGUGUUUAUUAUUUUACGCAUCAAUUUCAUAAGUGACAGUCAAUAUUAAUGCAGUUCAAUAGUGAAUAUUAUAAGACCAUGUACAUAUUAAAUGUAUUGUUUUUUAUUUUUCAGUAUUGCUUAGCAGUAAAUUCGUCAAGUCUUGAGGGAUCAAAAUGUAAAAUAUCUGAAGCAUACGGUACAUGUAAACGGAUAAAGAACUGUCCUACAGCUGUAGAAUCCAUGAUCAGGACUGGUACUCCUGAACUCAAAAGAUGUGGAUUUGUUGGUAUGGAAGAACUAGUUUGUUGUCCAUCUGUCCCACUAUACUUAGAAGAACAGACUAAUCGACCAUUUAUAAACAACAUAACCAAGAAUUUACCGGUUAAAGUAAAUAUACCCAUAAAUAAGCAAACGUAUAAUGUUGAAAGCAACAUACAGAUCCCAUGUGAGGUAGUGGGACAUCCCAAACCGGAAGUUAGAUGGUAUAAGGAUAGUAUUCCCGUUAGUACAUCAGAUAGAGUUAAAUUUUCAGAUUUUAACACACUGAUAAUUUUAAAUGUUACAAAGGCGGAUUCGGGGCAUUAUGUGUGUGAGGCAACCAAUUAUCAUUCCACAACAUCAAGCAACAUAGACAUUUUAAUAGAAGGGACCAGCUGCAGUGAUAAAGGAUUAAUCUGUUCGCAUAUAGUAAAAUAUGAAUUAUGUGCACAUAAGUUUUUUGCCAAAGAUUGUUGUCGAUCAUGCACAGAAACGAGUUUGCCGACAGCCAGACCUCAAUCCACAUACUUUUAUAAAUAAUAUACUUAGUAUUAAUAAUUUUAAAUCUAGCUAUUUUGAUAAAUAAUGAAUUAUUAAGGUCGAUAAUUUAUACGUAAUAUAUGUACUUUUAUGUUAUUUGAAAAAUAAAUCUUUUAAUAUAAUUUAAUAA